UCUCCAUAAUCAUUUCACAGCGCGAGAGGAGCGCGGCAACAUGAGGCACGUUCAACUCGACUAAAAACCUAGCGAAAAUAUUGGAAAUACUUUGGAUUUUAAUUCACUUCGGGCAGAGGGUUUUGUUAUCAUGAAAGCGUGAGCUGGUUUGAUAUUUGAGCUUUAAGGCGGAACUAUUUUACAACGCGGUUUUGUCCGCUUUUGCUCCCCCAUGAGAAAGGAAUUUUUGGCGCAUGAAGUUUUUGCCUGCCAUAAAAAAAACUCACCACAUCGCACAAUUGUCGCUGUUUGAAGGCUUUCUUGUGGCUACACAGUUUCUAUUCUUUAACAUAAAUGUUCACAGCUGAUUGAAAACAUUUCCACUUUAGACUCAAAGCAGCUGUGCUGAUCCUUUUGGAGAGAACCUUGUUUUACACUGUACCAUGUCGUCCACUGAGGAGCCGUCUGGCACGGUCCUACACCGGCUCAUCCAGGAGCAGCUCCGCUACGGAAACCCCACGGACACCCGCACUUUACUGGCUAUCCAGCAGCAGGCCCUGCGUGGAGGCGGAGGCAGUGGAAGCAAUAGUGGACCCAGCAGUGGGGGUGAAAUGAGCAGGACCCCCAGGUCUUCUCUAGAAAGCCUCACUCAGGAGGAUCCGCUGCUUCCCCACCUCUCAGCGAGGCAAGAGCCGCAGGGCCAGGAGCACCAAGGGGACUACCAUCACUCAGAAAGCGGCUAUCAUCUGCACGGGGAAAAGCUGCCAACCUAUGAGCAGGCCAAAGCACAUUCCCAGUACCUGUCCUCUCACUGGGCCCACAGGCAGCUCCAUGAGGGGCAGCUCGUGUUGCACGAUGGAUCCUUCCAUGAAGAAGCAGAUCUGUUGGAGCCAAAAUGCAGCCACGUGCGUUCACUCAGCGAGCAUCUCAUGCAGAUGUCUCUGGAGAGACAAGAUGCAGCAGCCAAAGCUGCGUCCAUCAAAAUCAGCUCCCACAGCUACCCGGAGCUCCCCUACUACACCCCACAGUGCCUUCAGAGGAUGGGGCAAAACGCAGACAAACGCAGCCCACCCCCAGAAUACUGCAGCCCCAUGCAGGGUCAGGGUUUUAUCCCUCACCAGAUCCAGGAACAAGUGCAAGCUCAGCCCCAAAGAUAUGUCCAGUCUGAACAGCCAGGAGACGUACCCAGCUACAACACAUUCAACAGCCUGCCACCUGCUGGCUUGGAGGAACCUAACCAGGUGGAGCUCUUGGUGAUGGAGAAUGAGAGACUCAGACAAGAACUGGAAGCUCACCGGGAGAAAACUGGCCGCAUUCAAAAGCUGGAGCAGGAGAUUCAGCGCAUUUCCGAGGCUUACGAGACACUGAUGCAGGGCAGCAGUAAGAGGGAAAACCUGGAGCAGACACUGAGGAGGAGGCUGGUGGCCGAGAUCAGGAGGCUGCAGGAUUUCAACAGAGAUCUCAGAGAAAACCUGGAAAAAGCCAGGACGCAUGUUGCAAAAGAAGUAGAGGUGGCUGACCACAACCAGCACAUCAUGGCCAAACUCCUUGAACAAAAUGAGGAGCAGAAUGCUGAGCGGGAGCGUAUGGAGCGGGAGAUGCAGCGCCUACGAUCGACAGUGGAGGAGCAGGGCCUCAGGACAAAGCGGCUUGAGGACGCUCUGGAGGCGGCUCGGGGACGAGGGCGUCAGCUCGAGGAUGAGCUGAGGAGGAAGAGGGCGUACGUAGAGAAAGUGGAGAGGCUCCAGAGCGCGCUGGCUCAGCUGCAGUCAACGUGCGAGAAGAGGGAGAGCCUAGAGAUGAAGCUCAGGACGAGGUUGGAGCAGGAGCUGAGGAGUCUGAGGGCUCAGCAGAGGCAGUCUCAGCCGCCGGGACUGACUGUGAAUUCGCUCCAAGAGCGCCUGCGUGAGCGCGAGGAGCGGAUUCUGGCCCUCGAAGCCGACAUGGUGCGUUGGGAACAGAAGUACCUGGAGGAGAGCACCAUGAGGCAGUUUGCCAUGGAGGUGGCUGCCACUGCUGCUGCUCAGAGAGACACCACCAUCAUUAACCACUCACCCUGCCACUCCUCUAACAACAGCUUUAACGAGGAUCUGCCACUUCCCGAUCACAGGAAUCAGGAAAUGGAAAACAGAAUUCGAGCCCUUUAUGCUCAGAUACUGGAAAAAGAUGCUGUGAUAAAGAUUCUCAACCAGCGGCUGCAUCAGGAUCAAAGUCAGAAGGAUGAGCAGAGUCCUCGAACAAACCUCCUGAACACGGUGGGAGCUCCACUCCGACCGGCUUCCUCCACUCCCUCCAUCAGCACAGCUUGCUCCAAGAUUAAAGGCAAAAAUCUGUCAGACGAUCAGACUUUGCCAGUCCGUCAGUUCUCUGCCCAGUCUGAACCUUCAACGCUCGAAAAGCAGCCGGAGGAAACCAAACCUACAGAGGGAACCAGCACAACUAAGCUAAGCAACGACAAGGCAGCACCGAAGAAGAUGCUGUCAAAUCCCUUCAGAGGCCUGGAUGAUCUGGAGUCGGAGGCAGUGGAAAUUUUCAUUUAAGCCACCGUGAUUUGGAUUCUGAAUGAAAGGACAAAAAAAACUAACUUUUGGGUAUCUGUGAAGACUGCAAGAAAAAAGAAUGAGGCAAAUAUGUGAAUGCAUGAAAGUUGGGGAGUUAAAGAGGGCAACGUUUGAGAAACGGACAGUUUUUUUUGUGUGUUUUUUUCACAUGUUGGCAGCAGAGCUGGGCUCUGAACAUCUUUCUCACACUGAGCUGGUCACCUGCAGGCAGUCUGCCCGGCACGCUGAGAAAAAAUGAAUCCUCUGAGGUACUUGGACAGUAUUGUGGAUUGUAAUCUGGUGACAUAUUCUCAUAGAGUAUAUGCCAUGCUAUUUAUAUAAAUAUUUCUAUCUAUGAAUAUAAAAAUGCUGCUUAUCCCCUUUAUUAAUAUUCUUAAUUUUAUUAUUAUUAUUAUUAUUAUUAUCUUUUUUUCCCCCACUAAGCUAAUGAGCUAUAUUCUUACCUUAUAUGGUUUCCACAUUCCCUAAAUAUUAAUAAUUUCAAUGUUUUUUGUUGAAUAUUCAGCAAGGGGUUAACUUUCUGACCUGUGUUUCCUCUCUUCUUUUUCUUUUGUGGGUUUAAUUUUUAAUAAUUGCUUUCCCAUCACACUGAUGAUCUCUUUUUGGAGGUCUGCCCCGAUCUCAUUAAUUUAAACUGAUAACACAUGAUCUGAAAAUCCCACUGCUCAUGUUUCUCCAGCCUGAGCUGCUGGUUCUGCAAUGGUUUGGAGAUAUGUGAACAAUGAGGUCUGUAAUAUAUAGAGUGUGUUUUUAUUAUAAUUAUUUAAACUGACAGAGACCUGGUGUUGAAGAAGUGUAGUUUUGGGAUGUUGUUGUGUAAUUUUAUUAUUAUUUUUUUUACCCCAUCCUCUCAAAAGUAUGUUUGCAUGUGUGAUAGUAGUGAGUGUGAGCCCCGAUGUGGUGAUUCUGCUGGUUUGAUUACCACCGAGGGGCCAAAAAGGUUAGUGUUUUGUUUACUGUGAGUUGCAAACUAACAAACAGGUUAAUUAAUUUUAUUCUAUAUUUUAUAACGGAUGUUUGUAUUAUUAUUUUAGAUACAGUAGUGCUCUGAGCAGGAAACCAAAGAGUUAUUUUGUAAGUUAUAUGCCGACAAUCACGGCCUUGUCAAGCUGUAAACAACCAAUCGUAGGUUGAGUUCAAAAACAGGCAUUUUUUUUUGGUGAAAUCAACUGUUGAAUUCAUGCAACAUUUCAAUAAAACAAUAAAUGUUCCCAUAAACAUUAA